AUGAGCCGCCCGCCGCGUCCUGAGGGGAGGCACAACCCUGCGCUCCGGGCAGGAGCUGCGACCACGUUCGCGGACGACCCUUCGCGACGGCGCGGCUCCGGGGAGCACGUGCUGCGCGUGUCCCGCCCCUUGACCUCGGCGGCGCCCUAUCAGGGUUCGGGCCGGCGCGUGCGCCAUCCCGGCAAGCGAAGCAAGAUGGCCGCUGUCACGGCGGCGGCGCGCGCCUGGUCGGUGGCGGCGCUGACGGGCGGGCUGCGGGCGCUCCACGCCUCCGCCGGCGGCUCCUGCUGCCGGCGGUGGAAGCAGCGCGGAGCCUGGGUCGUGCUGCGGCGCGAGUGCAGCACGGGGGCCUCGCCUCACGCCCCCUCUCCGGCGGCCGCGGCGACGAGCCUGACGGGAGCCGUCCUGAGGGACGCCGUGCGGCAGCAGCAGCAGCAGCAGGCAACAGAAGGUGGAGAUGGAGAAGGCGCGGAUGAGCAGCAAGAGAAGAAAAAACAGAAGGAAAACACUGCAUAUGCAAAGAAGAUGGUGCUCAGGAUAGCAGGGCUUAUGGGAGCUGGCAGCGGUAUAGCGGUUAUCUACAUCUUUGGUAGUAAUUCAGUGGAUGAACAUGGUGUGAAGAUUCCUGAUGAGUUUGAUAAUGUUUAUCAAGUGGAACAAAACCAGAAUACAAAAAAUGGGCAAAUCAUUUCGGGUAUUGAUCCAGUGGUGAUCCAGCAGCUCCGGAGGGCGUACAAGUACUUCAAGGACUACAGGCAGAUGAUCAUAGAGCCCACCAGCCCGAAGCUGCUCCCGGACCCCCUGAAAGAGCCCUACUACCAGCCCCCGUACACCCUCGUCAUCGAACUCACGGAUGUGCUGCUGCACCCCGAGUGGUCGUUAGUGACCGGCUGGCGCUUCAAAAAGAGACCAGGCAUCGACAACCUCUUCCAGCAGCUGGCACCCCUCUACGAAAUCGUCAUCUUCACGUCCGAGACAGGCAUGACCGCCUUCCCCCUCAUCGACAGCGUCGACCCUCACGGGUUCAUCUCCUACCGGCUCUUCCGUGAUGCCACCCGCUACAUGGACGGGCACCAUGUUAAGGACAUCUCCUGCCUGAACAGAGACCCGGCCAAGGUGGUCGUGGUGGACUGCAAGAAGGAGGCCUUCCGCCUGCAGCCCUUCAACGGCAUGGCCCUGAAGAAGUGGGACGGGAACUCGGAUGACCGGGCCCUCUUUGACCUCGCCGCCUUUCUGAAGACUGUUGCCUUGAGCGGAGUCGAAGACGUCCGGUCGGUGUUGGAGAACUACUCCUUGGAAGAAGACCCGCUGGAGGCGUUCAAGCGCAGACAGUCCCAGCUGGAGCAGCCGCUGGCGCCCGUAAAACACUCGGCAUCCCCGGAGCAGAAAUCCAAGCCCCGCUUCUCCGAGUCCCAGCAUGUCUGUGUGGCCGUGUGGUACAGUCCAAACCCCGCUGCUCCGGUUAUCACAAUCCCAACCUGCUUCCUGACGGAGGAGCUGGAUUUCGGAGUGCGGAGAACCACCGGAGAGCGGAGCCGCGGUGGGCGUUGCCGCUGCAAGGCUGGCCGUGCUCCGAAGCGCUCUGGCGAAGGGAGCUGCACGGUGCCCCUCGGCGGGAGAGCUUGGGGCACUUGCCACCACGUGGGGUCAUCCGGGCAGCUUCACGGUCAAGUGGGGGCGAGACCCCAGGUCUCCGAGGCUCACGGCAGCACCCAAGCCGCCACGACGCACGGGUCUCUGCUUGUGGAAGCUGGUGUUGCUGCACUUUUCACUAAGCGCUCCUUGGAGGAAGGGUGGGACAUCGUACACCAGAAAGGGAAAACAGAAGGGGAGAGAGGGAGCUGUAAAUUACCGGCGCUGACAGCAGCCCAGAGGGCCGUGCGUGUCAAAGAAGCUGCCACAGGAAUAAAUCAGUGCUUCAGACACGCCACCGUCGAAGUGCUGCUUUCUGGGCCGGGGGAGGAGCGGCGGGGAGCCUUCCCCAGAAAACGCAGCCUCAUUACGGUAAUACGGCAAGCCGCUGGUCGCCAGGCGUCCCGGCCAGGAGCUGCGGCCAGGCCUCCGGAGGGAGAGGCUGUGGCGGAGAGGAACCACGGCGAGCACCAAGUCACCCCCGAGCGAUGCCCCUCGGGUGGGGCAACACAGGUUGUGCCCGGUGCGUCCCUGUCUGCUUAG